AUCCCGUGGACUCCUGCCCUGCCUCUAAACCGUUGGGUCCGAUUUACUCAAACACAUCGGAACAAUGAUCUCGAAAGGCCACAACAACAGCACACCACCAACCGACGGCCAACAAUCGGUGGCCAACAAACGUUCUCUCACGUUUCGGUGCUUGACAUUUACCCAGAUCGCGUUUUGUGCUAUGUUGGUUUUUUUUUCUUCUGCCUUCCUUCUGCCAUUGCUGCCUUCUUAUUGCUCUAUCGCGUUUUGCAACGCAACGCAACGGUGCUCAAAUAUUGGGUCGUGCGCGGUGGCCGCGCUCCACAAAUUAGAGCGCCCGCCCGAUCGAACAUCGGUUCGGUCCGAUCGGUAAUUCUGCGGACAGUUUGAGGGCCGGGCCCAGCCCAAACCGAAUGCCCGCUGCCCGCCCUGCCCAAAAAGGCGCCCGUUCCGUUGCUUUCGGUGCGAGUGUGUCUGUGCUCCCUUGCUUUUAAUGUGGGUGUGUCGUGGUGCAUUAAUCAUACCGCACCUGGAGCUGCUUGGAGGGAUAUUAGAAGACUUGCGGGUCAGCCAGCACCCCAGCGCAAAUCGUCAUCGAGCAGCUCGAGUUCGUCGCCGUUCGCGUCAUUGAAGUCUUUCGUAUUGCAACGUGAACGUGCGGCGCGAGAGACAGAGAGCUCGAGCGAGCGAGAGAGGGUGUCCCGCGGAUGAUGCUGGUCUGCCGAGGCGAGUCAGAGGUCUCCGGGACCUCACCGUCGGUUCGUUCUUCUACCGUCAGCCGUUCAGCGUGGACGACGACGACGACGUCCGGGCGUUAAAAACUACGAUGUUUCUCCGGCGGGCCAAUUCGGUAGUGUUACUGAUAUUUGGAUGUCUACUAAUUAUAGAUGGCAACGAGGAAAAAAAUCGCACCAAACGGGGACGGAAUGCGCGGACGUCGAACGCACCGCAGACGAGUGCCGAACCUAGCCAAGAUCUCGACUCCAAAGGCAACAGCGAGCAGGAUGUGCCCGUCAUACCGCCCGGCUUUCUGAGCCCAUCCGUCCAGGAGUAUCUGGAGCUAGGGAAAUCCAUUCCAGGCCGACCAGGAACUGACUACCCGAUACUGGCCACCAUCCCGUACACCAACUUCUACUGCGACGAGCAAGAAUAUCCGGGCUUUUUCGCCGACAUGGACACAAGAUGUCAAGGAUGGCAUUAUUGCGACAUCGAUGGACGGCAGGCGACGUUCCUCUGUCCGAACGGUACGCAGUUUUCGCAAGCGGUGUUCGUGUGCGACUGGUGGUUUAACGUGCGCUGUGAUCUUUCGCCCCGGCUCUACUCGAUCAAUGCCCGGCUCUACCAGCGGCCCAAGUUCAAUCCGACGCAACCGCACCGAGUCAUCACACGGCAGCUGGUGGACGAGAUUUUUAACGUGUAAUGUUCGCCGUGUCCCGUGCGCGUGCGUUAAAUACCAUAACUAUUUAUUUUAUAGUUGCGCUAGUGGGUAAGAUGUGUAAGAAGCUCGAUGCGUCCGAGUGUCACAAUAGCAUGUCAGUGUUCUUGUAAAUUGUUAACUUUCACUAUCCAAAGGUCGUUUUUUUUCUUGUCAAACAGAAAGCACGAUACUUUCCCGAGAUCACCCUUUUUUCCCCCCUUAUCAAUAUCAAUAAACCUGUUGUAAAUGUUUGCUUACCUGAUUCCUACCACCAAGAUGCUACCUUGCAUAUAGCUAGGCAUUACCCGUUAUCGGUUGUAUUAUUGUGUAAAAAUAUAAACAUUGUGUAAUAAAGUAUGUAAAUAUGAGUUUACCACCAA